AUGAAGCCCGUCGUCUCCGCCCUCAACGCAUGGUCCUGCGUGGUCAUCUCCGUCUUCGCCAUCGUUAUCCUCUCCGUCCUAGGUUCGCUAUACAAGAGCGAACACCCCGGUUUCACUGGCUCCGAAGGCGAACCUGAAGAUGGCGCCGCGGUCGCAGCUUCGAUUUUCACCGCCGUGUUGGUUUAUAUUGCUUUCUUCGUGUUCUGCGCUUUCCAGGCUUACUUGCACAUGAGGGCCCGGAGGGGCGGGGCUAUAUCGUUGAGUUAA